AUACCCAUUAGUACUAGUUUCUUGUUUUCUUCAUAAUUUUUAAUAAGCAUCAUCUUGUACUUAAGCUGUUGCUGAUCAUCUUCAACUUUGUUUGUUAACUUUACUUGAUUCCCAUUUCUCACCGCAGCACACUUUAUUUUUAUCCUUUGGCUCUUGAGAUUACUUGAAUACAAAAUUUAAGCCUUUCCUUCUUGUCCCUAGUUGAGUUUAUUCCAAUUUUACUCACAUUCUUGCUGUUUCAUUGUACCCCUUUGAUUUUUUAUCUUUAUUUUCGACGUAGAAUACCAAGAUUUUCCUUGUACUCAGCUUGGCUGCAGAGUAUCUUCCGGUUUUUUGAUAUUAUGUAACUUGGAUAACCUUGGAAUACUCUCUUUAUCUACGUAUCUUGAUGUUGUUAACUAUAUAUAUUCUUAUUUGAUUCUGCACUUGUGGUUCGAUUUGGUAGUUUGAGAGGUGCUUAACAAUGGAGUUAAAAAUGUGUGUUUCCAAGUCAUCAUCUGGGCCUUUCUUCUACUCCAGUCACAUAGGUUGUCGAAAAGUCUCCCAACUUCAGCUCUGUUAUUACAAAGGUAAAUUUCAGAAGGUUUCUUGCAUAAGUACUUCAGAUAGCCCAAUGGGUUCUGCUGGAAAAGACAAAUUAAUGGUGGACACUUAUUCGUUUCGGAUGAAUGGAAUUAAUGGUUCAGCCCCAAAUGUAUAUUUCAGUAAAAGAGUACUUGACCAUUUAGAUGAUGAGUAUGGUGGUGUUGUAGUCAACCCAGAAAAUUUACCAUCUAAUCCGAGCUUCUUUGCCUCUAUUCUCCGCUCAUCUCUGUCUUGUUGGAUGUUAGAGGAAAAGAAAGGCGUUUGGCUUAAGCUGCCACUAGAAAAAUCUGAACUUGUUCCGGUAGCAGUGAAGGAAGGGUUUCGGUAUCAUCAUGCAGAAAGAGGAUAUGUCAUGAUGACCUACUGGAUUCCUGAAGGACCUUGCAUGCUUCCUGACAAUGCUUCUCAUCAAGUCGGAGUUGGAGGUUUCGUGAUCAAUGAAAAUAAUGAGGUGCUUGUAGUACAAGAGAAGCACACAACUCCAGCAAAUACCGGCCUGUGGAAACUACCUACUGGUUUUAUUCAGGAGUCGGAGGAGAUAUUUACUGGAGCUGUAAGAGAAGUCAAGGAAGAAACUGGUAUCGAUACUGAAUUCUUAGAAGUUGUAGCAUUCAGGCAUGCUCAGAAUGUGGCUUUCCAAAAGUCAGAUUUAUUUUUCGUGUGCAUGUUGAGACCACUGUCAAAUCAUAUCGUGAUUGAUGAUGUUGAAGUUCAAGCUGCCAAGUGGAUGGCAUUAGACGAGUUCAUAGAACAGCCACUUAUUCAAGGCGACAACAUGUUCAAAAAGAUCAUCGACAUCUGCAUUGCGCGUAUAGGAAAGCAGUACUGUGGACUCUCCGUUCAUCCAGUAGUCUCUAAAUUCGACGGAAAGCUGUCCUCCUUGUACUAUAAUAUAGUUGAUGUUCAAGAUUCCAACUGUCAAAUUACAUCACUCUAAAUGAUUCCUCAAUGCCUGUGUGUGUUUUCAUGGUGAAGACAUCACUACAGCUUCCCUAUAAUUUGGAGCAUUGGCCUUAUGAGUAGUGCAACUAAUUUUUGCAGAAGGACUCAUGUCACAUGUGUAUAGUAUAGUCUGAGAAAUAUGUCUAGUGUAAAUAUACUUGUGUCAACAGAAGUUGCUAUCUUCACUGGUUUCAUAUUGUGGAAAUCGGUUCUACCCGAUUUCUAAAUUCUAAUAGGACUUUCUAACAAGGACUUGGGAGUGGAGUAAUAUUUUGAUCCAAUACGGACUUAUAUUUUGUGUACCAAAUUAUUUGGAAUGUUAAUAUUAAAAAUUUACCGAU